AACCUUGUCACUUUGUCAGGGCUUCGGGGACAGCCAAAGAAGACGGACGGACCCAGUGAGGCGAGCACGGGCGCUCACCGGCGAUGGCGACGAGGGCAUGGGUGGCCGCGGCGGUGGCCUUGAACCCUCAACUGCUGCCUCUCCGCUCCUGCUCGCCCACGAAGUCGGUCUCCCCAGCGCAGCGCUCGGCGUCGAUGGGGCUCCGGCUGCGCAGCGGCCGGCCGUGCCUGGGGAAGUUCGUGUGCCGCCGCGCCAAGAACGCGGGAUACGAGGACUACAAGUUCCCGGACCCCAUCCCGGAGUUCGCCGAGCAGGAGACGAGCAAGUUCAGGGAGCACAUGGCGUGGCGGCUGGAGCAGAAGAAAGAGGACUACUUCGGGGACCAUGUCGAGGAGAUCGUUGACGUCUGCACCGAGAUCAUGGGGACAUUCCUGGAGAACGAUUACCGUGGACCAGGGACGCUCCUGGUUCACCCGUUCCUGGACAUGAAGGGCGAGAUCAAGGAGAGGGGGCUCCCCGGCGCACCUCAGGCGGCACGGGCGGCGAUAGCAUGGGCCGAAAAGAACGUGGACAAGGACUGGAAGGCCUGGACUGGGGAAUACUAGCACUAGAAGAGGUAUCAAUAAAGAUUUUGCCAUUUGAAUUGGCAUGAGAAGAGAGUAAAAACUAAAGAGGAUGUUUCUAUGUUUUACCACUGAGCUUGUAUGGUUUAGCACUGUGUUCCUGCUCUAUUAUUCUCAGUUAGAUCAGAGGUUGCAGCUUGCCAGACUGGCAUAUA